UUAAGACGUGUGCAAGCGGCAGCAGUGAACAGUUAUUUAUAGACUUGAAGAGAAACAAGCGCACACUAACACACACACACACACACGAGAUUUGUUUGCUCUACUACUCUCCUGCUCUCGAUCUGGGCGGAGAAGCGCUGCGGCCGCAGCUUAAGGCGCGUGUGAAAUCUGUGAAAAUUUGCCUACAAGAAGUGAAGACGUAAAGAAGUAAAGAAGGAAAAAAGUGAAAAUUGGUGAAGAAGCCGUUUUAGCUGCAAUUCUCAGCAAUUAAACGAGGCCGAAGCGGAAAAUGAAAGCGGGCCGCGCGUUCGGCUGCCUCUUCUGGGCGUUGCUCUAUUGUGUGCUAUACCUGGACCUGGUCAACGCCAGCGAGGAGGAGCUGCUGGAUUUCGAUUUUGCCGAUGCCAAGGAGGUGGAUAACGCCGCAGCCAGCAACGAUGACUGGCAGCUGGCCGACGAGCAGCUGGCGGCGCAAGAGGCCGAAAAGAAGCUAGAGGACAACAUGCUGGACUUUAGUGUGGACCUGGAUGAACCGGAGCCGGAGAAACAGCUGCCGCAAUUCGAUUGGCGUGAGCGUAUGCUGCGCACGGCACUGGCCAAGGCUCUGACGGAUCGCGCGCUGCGCCAGAAGUUCGCUGAAGUGAUGCCCAUACUGCGUGUCCUAUCCUCGCAGCAGCGUUUGGCACUCUCGGCUUUGAUCUCGGCUCAGAUGAAUGCCAAACAGGGUCAUGAACUGCGGCUCGAGCAGGUUCGCAUGAUGUUCGGGGACGAUAAGAAGCUGCUGCUGCCCAUUGUCUACGAUCUGGCGAAUCUGGUGCGGAGCUCGGCGCGCAAGUACAUCCAGCUGGGCAGCGACUUGGCAGCUGUUGCAAUGCGACAGACGCCGCUGCAGAAGCGCAAAGAUCUGCUGACUGUGGAGGAGUCGGAGCAGGACGACAGCGUGGGCACAAUUGAUGUGAGCAGCCAGCCGGCGGCGGAUCAGGAGCAGGCGGCCAGCUCACUGGAGGACUUUUUCGAGGAGAUGCAAUCGGAGGUGCUCGAUCCGCAGAUGAUCAAUGAGGCGCUCACUGCCCCACAGCCGCUGCCACCGCGCAAGGCGAACACCACUCGCGGCCGGCGUGUGCGACGCGCAGCCAACGAAUUUGUGCACAAGCUGACGCGCUCUGUGCCCGUCUCGGUGAGCGAGCAGCAGCUGCUGGGCGGUGCAGCGGGCCGGACUAUCAAGCUGAACACCACCGCCUUUCAGCAGCCCAGCGGUGCGGGCACAACCACUGUGGCUGCAACUGCAGCCACUGCCGCAGCCACAGCCACCGCCUCCACAUUGCCGCCCACGCCUACGCAGUCGUAUGAGGAAAUCGAAGAUCUCGCCUUUGCCGGCCUCAACGGCACCCAGCUGCCGAUCUCUGCGGACGAGCGGCUCUAUGAGGUGAGCAACGGCAACAACAGCAGCAGCAGCAGCGCCGAGGAGCCGCUGCCCAGUCCCGAGGAGCUGAUUGCGGGCCCACGCUAUCGCAGCCACAAGCGACCGCCGGUCAGCCACAAGAUGCCGCCCAUCAAGCGGAAGCGCGUGCAGAACUCCCCCUACAGUCGCAGCCGGCCAAAGACGUCGGCCAGCGCCCACAGCCCCGUCGUGGUGGGGCACAAGAAGUGCGAGCGGUUCACCAACAACAUGUGCAUCCGUACCGACGACUAUCCGCUCGAACAGAUCAUGGGCAGCAUCAGGCGGCACAAGAAUGCGAUGAGCGCUCUGCUGGCCGAGUUCUACGAUAAGCCCAACAACAAUCUCGAGUUCGGUGACGAGUUCGACGAUUAUAUUGUCAAUAAAAAGCGGCGUGAGGACGAGGGCUCCGCCGGCAGCAUGUGCCAGAGCGUCGUCCGCUACGCCCGGCCACAGAAGGCCAAGGCAGCGUCGGGCGAGUGGAAGUUCAUCGUCAACACGGGACAGCACACGCAGACGCUGCGUCUGGAGAAGUGCAGCAAUCCUGGCGAAAGCUGUUCGUAUCUGGCGCAGACGUAUCGCUCGCACUGCUCGCAGGUCUACAACUACCAUCGGCUGCUGAGCUGGGACAAGGUGCGCGGGCUGCAUGUGGACAUCUUCAAGGUGCCCACCUGCUGCUCGUGCCAGGUGGACGGCUAUCGGCAGCAGUUUCCGCCGCUGUCCUCCAUCCAGGCCAAGGAGUACUCGCCCGGCGGCUACAAGCUGGACAAUGGCAACAGCAACGGCUACAGCACCAUCAACGAGGAGGAUCUGGACUACAACGAUGAGAGCGACGAGGAUGACCUGGGUCUGAGCUAUGCGCCGAACAAUGAGCUCAGCUACCUGAGCAGCAAGAAGGUGCGCUCCAAGCUACCGGCGCCAUCUAGCGUCGGCCCCUAUCUGAGUCCGCCGGACGAUGAGGAUCCCUUUGCCAUUGGCGGCUACAAGGGCCACAAGAGCAGCACUUCCAUCGGCAGCUCGAGCUCGAAAAAAUAUUAUAGCCAGCUGAGCCGCCGGCGGCCGCAGCAUACGGAGGCGCGCGUCGACAUCGACAUGGAUCUAUCGCCCAGCGAGACGCAGGCCGAUCAAGAGCCACAACUGGGGGACAUCAAGGAGCAUCAACUCGAGUACGGAUACCCGUACACCUAUCCAGCAAACCAUCGAGCACAGCCGCCACCAGCAGUCUACCAGCCCGAACUGGAACCGCAGCUGCAGCCGGAGCCGGACCCGGAGCCGGUGUCGGUGCUGCCACCCAUGCCCACCAAGCGACUGCUGCAUCCGGCUCAAUUGCAUCAUCUAACCCUGCCCUCGGCCAGGGCCAGGGACAGCGUUUCCAAAAGUCGCGACCACGUUUCUAUGCACCACAGCCAACGACGACCUCUGUCGCAGUUGCUCCCAGCAAUGCGAUCCCAGUCAGCCCAGAGGCGUCACUACCAACCACCUACGUUCAGCAGAGGAAGCAGCAGCAGCAGCAGCAGCAAUCGACGGCAUUUCCACAGUCGCCGAAUGUGAAUUCCAUAUUC